UUCCUGGGCCAAAAUUGACUACCAUUACCUGCUCGUCAUCCGACUGCUCUACCCUCUCAGUGGCAGCAGUUAUCAUGGCCCCCACUGUCUUGUCCCAAUUGACGCAGUUGAUGAGAACCUGGUCAACCACGAUUUCGAGAAGUGAUUUGUCAGAACGGGUGCUAGCGGAAAAAAGCCUUCCAUCCGCCGUGGACCGCAUGGGGAUGGUGGUCUGUGAUAGCGAGGGGAAUUUGAUGUUUCUCCUUCGUAGGUCGUUCAUUAAUUGAGCUUUGACGUUUUGCAGGGUUUCGCCACCGUGGUAGAGGGUAUGAACGCUUGUGAAACGCGAGCUGCACGAGCCAGCAACCUCCUCAACUUGGAAUCGAGCCAGUAGGUCACCGCGCCCAGAGAUAGUUACAACUUUCUCGGCAGUAACCGCUGUGAGAUGCAGGGGAAUACCAGCCUAUGGUACACACUCCGGUCAGUGGAAUUGCGACUACUAAAUACCAGACCGAAAGGAGUUUCUGGGCUAACCUGUUUUGCGUUGAAGCCUUCUACCCGAUCCAAUGCAACUUCUCUAGUCCACCCAAAGACAACCAGUCCCCAUGAAAGCAGUUCCUUCUCUUCGGGUACGGAUUCUGCUAUUCGGAAGAGCUCACAUCUGUACCCAAUCCAUAAUGCCAGCUUGAAUGUUUCCACACUAUUAGAAAGAAAAUUGACGGCUGUAGGCGAUGAUGCCGCUACCGCUGCCGGUAGUGAACCCGAGCAGAAACCGGAGACCUCUAAGAACUUUGAGUGUAGGUUUUCGAAUACAAGGUCUGGUGUAUUUUCGACAUAUGAAAGGUAGCGCAACAAUUGGAAUAGGCAUAAUGUUGUGCCUUGUAUAAUAGCAUUUGUUUGAUAUUUUUCCUUCGGUUCCAGGAGGCUGUUGGGCGUGGGAAAAUCGGAAAGAUUCACACCUGAUUUUAACCUUUCCUCGGCCGUCA